AUGUCCGCUCCCUCCAAGGCCGAUAACCCCAACCGGGCGCUGCGUCUCAGCAAGCUGACCCUCAACAUCUCCGUCGGAGAGUCUGGUGAUAGACUCACCCGUGCCGCCAAGGUGCUUGAGCAGCUUUCCGGUCAGACCCCCGUCUACUCCAAGGCCCGUUACACCGUCCGUACCUUCGGUAUCCGUCGUAACGAAAAGAUCUCCGUCCACGUCACCGUCCGUGGCGCCAAGGCCGAGGAGAUCCUCGAGCGUGGCCUCAAGGUCAAGGAGUACGAGCUCCGCAAGCGCAACUUCUCCGAGACCGGUAACUUCGGUUUCGGUAUCUCCGAGCACAUCGAUCUCGGUAUCAAGUACGACCCCGGUAUUGGUAUCUACGGUAUGGACUUCUUCGUCUGCAUGGACCGCCCCGGUGCCCGCGUUGCCCGCCGCCGUCGCGCUCAGGCCAAGAUCGGUGUCAACCACCGCAUCACCACCGCCGAGACCAUGAAGUGGUUCAAGACCCGCUUCGACGGUAUCAUCCGCUAA